CCCCGCUUCAGUCUCCGCGGUCCUACUCACCCCAGCCCCUCCCUCGGGCAGCCCCUGGGCUUGUGACCCAGCCAGCACCGCCUCUCCUAGUGGCAACUGGCUGGGAAUGGCUGAGGGGCUACCUACUGCUUGCGGCCUGCCGGGGGAGGAGGGAGGCGGAAAGAAGAAAGGGGGCGGGGUUGAGGGGGGCGGGCCUGGACCUGGGGAGUGAAAGCGAAAGCCCGGGCGACUAGCCGGGAGACCAGAGAUCUAGCGACUGAAGCAGCAUGGCCAAGCCGUGUGGGGUGCGCCUGAGCGGGGAAGCCCGCAAACAGGUGGAGGUCUUCAGGCAGAAUCUUUUCCAGGAGGCUGAGGAAUUCCUCUACAGAUUCUUGCCACAGAAAAUCAUAUACCUGAAUCAGCUCUUGCAAGAGGACUCCCUCAAUGUGGCUGACCUGACUUCCCUCCGGGCCCCACUGGACAUCCCCAUCCCAGACCCUCCACCCAAGGAUGAUGAGAUGGAAACAGAUAAGCAGGAGAAGAAAGAAGUCCCUAAGUGUGGAUUUCUCCCUGGGAAUGAGAAAGUCCUGUCCCUGCUUGCCCUGGUUAAGCCAGAAGUCUGGACUCUCAAAGAGAAAUGCAUUCUGGUGAUUACAUGGAUCCAGCACCUGAUCCCCAAGAUUGAAGAUGGAAAUGAUUUUGGGGUAGCAAUCCAGGAGAAGGUGCUGGAGAGGGUGAAUGCCGUCAAGACCAAAGUGGAAGCUUUCCAGACAACCAUUUCCAAGUACUUCUCAGAACGUGGGGAUGCUGUGGCCAAGGCCUCCAAGGAGACUCAUGUAGAAACCAGACUCAUGUCCCAGCCUCCCAUGGGACUGACACAGCUUUGCCUCCCGCACUGCAGAUGGAUUACCGGGCCUUGGUGCAUGAGCGAGAUGAGGCAGCCUAUGGGGAGCUCAGAGCCAUGGUGCUGGACCUGAGGGCCUUCUAUGCCGAGCUUUAUCAUAUCAUCAGCAGCAACCUGGAGAAAAUUGUCAACCCAAAGGGUGAAGAGAAGCCAUCUAUGUACUGAACCCAGGACUAGAAGGAAAAUAAAUGAUCCAUAUGUUGUAUGGAU